AUGCGAGGGCACAGGCUCUAUGACGAGGCACUAGCGACGCUUUCCCGUCUUCACAUAUUGCCUACUGCAACGGGAAAGUUGGCGCUCAACUCGACAUUCAAAUCGGGGUUUAGACAGGCCAUUACUGGAGGUGGAUCAAGCGGUAGCUUCGGCGUUCCUGCCGUAGAUCACGAGAAGAAGGACGACGGCAGAAUACCACCAGACAGAGAAGACAAGCGGGGUCCGCCAAGUAUAGCUGCUCUGGAUGCCUACGCCCUGGAACGGUGGGAGACAAUUUUACACUACAUGGUAUCGUCUGGAAGCGGACAGCGCCCAACGGAACCCUCACCAGGUGUACGAUUCCUCUUGAAAACAAGCGGGCUCAUGAACGAAAUACACGAUGCUCUUCAUAUCUCCUCUGCUGGGUUCCAAUUUCUCCUGCAUUCCCCGCACGAGCAACUGUGGCAUCUCUUGCUCCAGUACCUGCAACUGGCAGAGCAACGGAGAAUGGACCUUGUCGAUGUCCUGAGCUUCUUCUUCAUGCUGUCAACGAUGGAACUUGGACGGGAGUACUCCGUCCAAAACCUAACGAAGACCCAGUCGGCUAUGCUGGAAGACUUGCGAGACUACGGCCUAAUCUGGCAACGCAAGCAAACAUCCAAGCGUUUCAGCCCCACCCGUCUUUCCACCACACUAACUUCUUCUUCUCCACCUCUGCCUUCCACAUCAGGAGCUAGCUCUGGGCCACAAGAAGGCUUUAUCAUUCUCGAGACUAAUUACCGCAUCUAUGCGUAUACAGACAACCCCUUGCAAACAGCCGUCUUGAGCCUUUUUGCGUCCUUGAAGUAUCGCUUCCCGAAUCUUGUCGUUGGUUCUAUCACCAGGGAAAGUGUGAAGAAGGCGCUUCUGAAUGGAAUUUCGGCCGACCAGAUAAUCAGUUACCUUAUCACACAUGCGCAUCCCAACAUGAGAAAGAAUAACCCGUUGCUUCCAGUGACCGUCCAGGACCAAAUACGACUGUGGGAACUCGAGAAAAAUCGCCUCAAGUCCAGAGAAGGCUUUUUAUACACCGCUUUUGCGUCGCAAGCGGAUUACGAGUUGGUUUUGCAGUACGCCAAGGAACUCGAUGUGGUAUUAUGGGAGAACGCCUCCAAGCGAUGCUUCUUUGGGAGUCUCGAGGGCCACGCAAACAUCAAGGGCUUCAUUGAGCGAAGGACCAUGGGCGAGCGGUGA